AUGGAGGAGGACGGCGUGGCGGACCUGGCAACAGCCCCUCCCCUUCCCGAUGGGCCCCCUGAGGGGCCCCCGCACCCGCGGCGGGGAGGGUGGGGGGGCCCCCGCCGGGGCUUCCGGGGGCCCCCGGGGGGCCCCCGGGGGCCCCCGGGGGCCCCCCGCCGCCGCCCCCCCAGCGGGCCUGCUGCUGUUUUCGAGGGUUUGAAGCGCCGCAUUGUCACCAUUGGAGAUGAAGCUUGUUUAAUUCCAAAUCAAAUUCUGGAUAUUUCCCAAGCCAUUGCAGAAGCAGUAAUAGCGGAAAAAGAAAGAAAAGCUGCACAAAAGGGGGCCCCCCAGGGCCCGGGGGGCCCCCCCCCCGCGGAGGAGGGGCCCCCGGGGCCCCCGGGGCCCCAGGGGCCCCCGGGGCCCCAGGGGGGCCCCCAGGCGGAAGAAGCAGCAGCAGCAAAGGAAGCAGCAGAUGCCAAACUUGAAACGGAGCAGCAGUUCGAUUUGGAAAAGGCUUUAAUUGACCUUAUUGUGUCUUGUGCUGCGAGGCUUCCAGUGAAAACAGCUCGCCAGCCCCACCUUGUGCUGCCUAGAGCGCAGCAGCCGCAGCAGCAGCAACAGCAGCAGCAGCAGCAGCAGCGCGAGCAGCAGCAGCAGCAGCACGAGCACCAGCAAGAGCAGCAGCACGAGCACCAGCAGCAGCUGCAGCACGAGCACCAGCAAGAACAGCAGCAGCAGCAGCAGCAGCAGCACGAGCACCAGCAGCACGAGCACCAGCAGCAGCAGCAGCACGAGCACCAGCGGCAGCAGCAGCACGAGCACCAGCAGCAGCAGCAGCACGAGCACCAGCGGCAGCAGCAGCACGAGCACCAGCAGCAGCACCAGCAGCAGCAGCAGCAGCAGCAGCAGCAGCAGCAGCAGCAGCAGCAGCAGGAGGCGCAUGCGUGUGUGUGCUGCGCAGGAAUGUACGCGGCGUGUGUGGGGCUGCUGCACCGCAAGGCGCGGCUGCGGGGCUUUCUGCAGAGUUUGCUGCUUGCUGCUGCUGCUCGUUUGCUGCUGUCGCUGCAGCAGGGAAAUUUGGCAGAGACCAAAUUGCUGCUGCGCUUUCUCUUCGGACUCGCCAGCAGCCACGUCCUCAAGCUCGCGCCGGUGAUCGCCGUGGUGAAGCAUUUGCUGCAGAUGGCCAACGACCUUCCCCAGACCACUGCGGAGCACGUGGCCCACACAGCAAUGAGUUCGUUGCCGUGGCUAAGUGUGAAGAUGUACGAGGCCCACCACGCGGACUUAGUUGAAGUUUUGGAUUGUCCCAACACAAGUCCCGACGAAGAGACUUCGUUGCUGCUGGCGGCCUCGCAGCCGUUUUUGGGGCCCCUGGCGUGGGGGGGCCCCCUGGGGGGGGGCCCCCCUGGGGGGGGCCCCCCUGGGGAGGGGGCCCCCGGGGGGCCCCCGGGGGGGGCCCCCGGAGGGGGGCCCCCGGAACGGCAGGGAGAGGCCCCCGAGGCAAAGGCCCCUCCAACUCUGAGCACCACAGACAGACUGGCGGCGCUGCUGGAUGCAAUCGACUCAAUGAUCGAC